AUGCCUGCCAGUCGUACAAGCAACAAAUCUCAUCGCAAAAAACACCCUGAUUCAGACCUCAUCGUCGUAUCGUCCUCUGACCGCGAUUCCCCUCCUAACCUGCCACCAAGAAAGCUGAAAAUCAUUCCUGGAGAAGUCAUCGAAAUAUCAGACGACGACGAGCCAACGACGCGUCAAUCAACGGGUCAAACGGCCACCAUUGCAGAUCUUCGCCGACAACUCGCGAAGCAACGCGAGGAACUCGUCAAGAGCAAGCGAGACCAUGAAAGAGACCGUUUAGAAAAUGCACAACUCCGCCAAGAAGUUCUUGAUUUGAAAGCCACUCGAAUACCAGAAAAUGGAAAAGUCCUCCUACAACACUGCCAGGAAGACUCACAACUCGAAGAUUGCGUUAAUUGCGAGAUAUGUACCUCGCGCAUGUGGUCACCUUUCCUCACCACACUAGUCCAGUUCAUGGCCGCAAACCCUCAUUAUAAUGUCAACCAACCCCAUCCGCUUGUGCCACACCUGCGAGCAUUCCUGCAGAAUCCACACGCAUUAAACAACCCCCAAAUGGCCGCUAUGCUCACCCAUUACCUGCCCCCGGAACCUGAGUACACAUGCCCCAGCUGCAGAGAACCUGUUAAGGUCCGGCCAGCCGAAGUUUUUACAUUGAAAGCACUUGUCAGGGCUGUCGCAAAAGCGACAGGCGAAGCAAUACCCAAGGACACCACUCUGGCUUAUUCAGGCAAUAAAGGAGGCAAAGCUAAGGCGACCAUACCCCCAACAGGUUCAUGGGACGGUUUUUUCCCAAGAAAUAGGACGUAA